UUUGAGCUGGUUAUAAAAGGUCGUGGUUUUCUCCUCGAAGUUGCUGAGAUUCUAAACCAUGAACUCAGCUCUCUCUUCGUCUUCAACACGAACAAGCACUUCAUAAACACUCAACUUGAAUAACCUGCAAUCUUACCCCUACUCAUUGAAACCUCUACAUAACUCAAUCGAACACACUGCACAUCUACCCCUAUUAUAAAUACCCCCAAUUGACUCAACAUCAUGUCUUCUCAAACCACUGCCCAAUACUUCCCCAAGAUCUACUCCCUCACCUCCGCUGAUCAUGCUCGCUCUGUCUAUGAUGAGUGGGCAAAGACCUACAAUGAGGAAAUCACUGGCAAAGGCCAAGACUAUGUCGGCCCAGCCAUUGCCGCUGCCUAUGUCCCUCAAGUUCUAGGCUCACCUACCAUCAACCAAGACGUCGAGAUUCUUGACGCUGGUUGUGGCACCGGCCUCGUCGGUGUCUUCCUCGCCCGCCUGGGUGCAAAGAAGGUCGACGGUGUCGACAUCAGCCCAGGCAUGCUCGACGAGGCUCGCGCUACAGACGCAUAUCGCAACCUGGACGUAUGUGACCUGUCGCGACCGUUGUCCGCAAAGAAUGACUCUUAUGAUGUCGUGACCUGUGUGGGCACCCUGACUCAGUCUCACGUUGGUCCCGAGGCUAUCAGUGAAUUUGUGCGUGUCGUGAAGCCAGGCGGCUACAUCGUGGCCACCGUCAUCCGUGAGAUCUGGCAGACUGGAGGCUAUGAGGCACACGUGAAGAGCCUCGCCGAGCAGAACAAGAUCAAGGUCCUGUCUGCUGAGUUGCAGGACUAUCGAAGGGGUGCUGGAGCCAAGGCCUACUACCUCGUCUUGCAAGUGUCUGCUUGAAGUGAUUCGUUGAUGGUAACUUCGGUGAUGAUGAUGAUGAUGCUAUCCGUUGCCGGCUUCCCUUUUCUUUCCCUCUCAACAAACAAACAAGCAAACAAACACAGCACAGCACAGGAAACCCUCCCCUGCCCCAGGAAAGCUAUUGAAGUGGAAUAUACACAUCGACACUUGAUAUGGUACAGUUGCAAUCGUCUCUGGCCCGUGUCCACCAAGGUAUUCGCUUUCACAAGUUGAUGAUGACGAUAAUGAUGGUGAUCAUAUGAGAGACGACAAAGAAUGUUCGUGAUUGGAUUUCGUUUUGACAUAGGUGACUCGCCAGUGAGCAACGCGAUCGGAAUCUCUUACACAUUCCUUCAGCAACACAUGCAGCAUAAAUAUACAAAAGGCGUGCGUGCCCAACUCA